AUGGACCUUUCGAGACAGGAAUACCCAGCUUUGCUGGCUUGUUUACAGCCUAGCGAGGCGACGGCCGUGCUCAAUGACCGCAUACGUCUUAUCAACAAGAUCAACACGGACAUUUCGGAUUGGCUUCAGGAGCGGAGGCGAGUGGAAGAACAAUACGUUCAGGGUUUGCGGAAGCUUGCACGGCGCCCGCAAUUGGACAACGGAGCGGCUCUGGGGGUAUUUCAAAUUCCAUGGCAGCGGAUCGUCCAAUCCACCGAGUCGCUGGCAGCAUCGCAUGAGACAUUAGCGCAGAAAAUCGAGGAGGAUGUCGAACGCCCACUGAAAGAAUAUGGAACCAAAAAUCGUGAGCUUCAAACGAUGCCAACGAUCCAGAGCGACCUAGCUUCGCUUGCAAAGAGUCUUGAAUCGGCCCAGAAGAAAGCGGAGAAGCUCAAGGAAAAAGGUCCCAAGGCCGCAGAUAAGAUGGCUGCAGCGAUACAAGCGGUCGAAGAAGCCAACCAGCAGUGGGAUUCCAGGGCUCCAUUUGUCUUUGAGCAGCUUCAGGCUAUUGAUGAGAGCAGAUCUAAUCACCUGCGGGACGUCCUCACGCAAUUGGAGACGCAUGAGGUGGAUCAGAUCGAACGCAACAGGCAGACAGCAGAGAGCUGCUUGAACGUGCUGCUAAAUACUGAGACCGCCGAUGAGAUUAAGACGUUUGCUGCGAAAAUCAGUGGUGGAAGAGCGCCUGUGCCCAGACGACAGGAUUCUUCAGCUGCUGCUGCUGCGGCUGCUGCCACAUCUCCUCUUCCGCCUCCGCCACGAAUUCAAGAUGAUGCCGAGAGUCAGCGCUCAGGAAGAUCUGGUCACGGAAGACCACCACCAGUCCCAGAGCCUAGGCACACGCCCCUUGGCGGCCUGAAACGGUUGGGUACAGUAAUGAACCGAAGAAAGAGUAUCGUCGCGAGUCCUAGUGGCAGUUUCUCUUUAGACAAGAAGCAUCGGACUCCCUUUGUACCUUUCAGGAAAGGCGACUCAUCGCGCGAUAUGCAGAUUCCCGAGUCGCCUACAUCUUCCCCGCCACAAGACCAGCUAAGCGGUAGCCAUAUACCUCAAGACUCAAUCUCUACGGAACCUGAGUAUGCUCGGGGACCAAGUGAAUCUAAUGCUAGAGGAGAUUUCGAUGCGAUCUCUCCAGCCCCAGAAGCCAAUGUAGCGGCUACUAACGGUACCAACGGAACAUUGCUUGGAGAUCAUCCAGGAGCAGGAGUAAAUGUGGCGUCCAGUCCGCCGCAGACAGAUUCGGAGGGCUACUCCGAACGACCACAAACUAUCGAUGAAAUUACACGAGCGCAAAGAGAGGCUGCUGGGUUGGAGGAACCGGGGUUAAACUUAACAAUUCGAGACCAGCCGAUCCGCGAAGAUGAAAACGAGGCUCAGCAAGCGAUAACCGAAAUGGCAAAUAAGUUGCGACUGCAAGCUCAACAGUCAGGGGUCAGACGCAAUGCUGGCACGAUCAGAGGCCGGCGAGACGUCAGAAAUACUGUCUUCAUACCUAAUCCACCUUUACCGGGCCAGGAAAUCCCCGGUUUCGGCACCAGUGCCGAACCUUCUGUUCCAGUCUCUCCCCUCCCCCCAAGUAGACAUGGUGUACGGCCCGGUAGCGCGGCAGAAGAACAUGCUUUAUCAGACACCACUUCGGUCCGCUCCUCUCAUACGUUGCACAGUGUCUCUGGAGCAGUCUCCCACCCUGAGUUGCACGAACCUGGUUUGAACGCCUCGAUUGUGGAGACUGUCAGCGCAUGGUUCUCCGAAGGUGCAGUCACGAAGUCUUUCGUCGUCGGUGAGUUGGCGCUGGCAUACAAUCCAGCGGGAGAGAUACCCUCCAACUCUGUUGUCCGCCUGGAAAAUUUCCCUUUGCUUGAGAAAGUAGCAGCAAACCCUCACUUCGUCCAUGAAAUUCCAUCGGGGGACGAAGAGAAAAGAGGUCAAUACAGCAUUACACCGUCUGUCAUUUCUCGUUCGCUACCGACAGUUGCUUUCAAAUAUCAAGUACACCUCAAUUCCUCGGACUCCUCAUACUGUCCCAUCAUCUUCAACCCAGCCUGGAAUAUCGAGGAGUUCCAAGCAAGCGUCAUUAUACCCUACUCCCUCAAUCCUUCAUUUACGUCGUCCGGUCCGCUUCAGUCAUUAGUUCUCAAGAAUGUCGUCAUCACUGUUGGUUUGGACCUUUCGCCGGAGGACGAGGUGACAAAACAGCCCCGCGAAGUGGUCCGCGCGACUGGUGCUGUCAUGUAUCCUAACACAGGAGCCUCUUUCCGUCGCAAGCACUCAGCAGUUGUCUGGAAGAUCCCGGAGCUUGAGGUGAAAGCAGGUACAGAUGGCAAGCUCCUUGCGAGAUUCUCCACCUCGUCAAGCUGGCCCAAGAAAGGGAAAGUGGAAGCCAAGUUUGAAGUCCGGUCUAUUGACGCAAGAAAGAGGCUUGGUAUCACCACCCUGUCUGAUGCGACCACGGAGGAGCCAAAGGAUGUCGAUCCUUUUGCAGAUGAGGCCGCUGCCAGCCAGAGUCAGGAAACAAAGACAUGGAAAGAAGUUCCUACGGUGCGCAAAUUGGUCGCGGGCAAGUAUGUCGCCUCGUGAUGUCCGAAUACUUGCAUAAUUUCUUGGACAUCACUGCCACGAAGCUCCUGCGAUUGGGUUCAUUCCCCGAUGAUAUAGGGACUACACGCGAGUUCACCUCGGCGAUCGCGAAAGAAGGUCGAGACAGUUGGGAUCCGGAGAAAGGCUCGUCGUAGAGCU